CGCGUGCUCCACGGGGCCCUGCGCGGCCUCCGUCCUGGUUAAGAUGGCGGCCCCCGGGGUCCGGUGCGGUGGCCGUAGUGAGUGCCACCGCCCUGGGCAGAUUGGAGCCGCCCCGUUCGAAAGAACCGCCCCCAGCCGCUGCACCAUAGCCGCGUAGCAGACGAGCCCAGGCCCCGCCCGGGACGGCAGUCGCGCCAUGGACGUUCCUAGCUCUUCCAGUUCCCGCUUCUCGGUCAGUUCUGCCAGCCCCGGCACUGUGCUCCUCUAUGCGAAAGAGCUCAAAAAGUGGGAUGAGUUUGAAGACAUCUUAGAGGAGAGGAGGCAUGUCAGUGACUUGAAAUUUGCCAUGAAGUGCUACACACCCACCUUGUAUCGGGGAGUCACUCCCUGCAAACCAAGUGAUAUCAAGUCCAUUGUUCUCAAUUCUGAAGAAAUUCACUAUGUCAUUAAGCAGCUUGCCAGGGAGUCCCUUACAUCUGUCGACACCCUCCGAGAGGAAGCCACUGCGAUCUUGGAGGAAAUGAGCCACAAACUUCGUAUGGGAGCCAUCCGGUUCUUUGCCUUUGUCCUGAGCAAAAUCUUUAAACAGAUUUUCUCAAAGGUGUGUGUGAAUGAAGAAGGCAUUCAAAAGCUACAACGAGCUGUCCAGGAGCACCCUGUAGUCCUGCUGCCCAGUCAUCGGAGCUACAUUGACUUCCUCAUGCUGUCUUUUGUUCUGUACAACUAUGAUCUACCUGUGCCAGUUAUUGCAGCAGGAAUGGACUUCCUGGGAAUGAAAUUGGUCGGUGAGCUACUCAGGAUGUCUGGGGCCUUCUUCAUGCGGCGCACCUUUGGCGGAAAUAAACUGUACUGGGCCGUAUUCUCUGAAUAUGUGAAGACUAUGCUACGGAAUGGUUAUGCUCCUGUUGAAUUUUUCCUCGAAGGGACAAGGAGUCGCUCUGCCAAGACCUUGAUUCCUAAAUUUGGUCUCCUGAAUAUUGUGAUGGAACCAUUUUUUAAAAGAGAAGUUUUUGAUACCUACUUUGUCCCAAUUAGCAUCAGUUAUGAUAAAAUAUUGGAAGAAACUCUUUAUGCCUAUGAGCUCCUAGGAAUUCCUAAGCCAAAGGAAUCCACCAGUGGGUUGUUGAAAGCUAGACGGAUUCUCUCUGAGAACUUUGGAAGCAUCCAUGUAUACUUUGGAGACCCUGUGUCACUGCGCUCUCUAGCUGCAGGGCGGCUCAGUCGGAACCCAUAUAACUUGGUGCCAAGAUGCAUCCCUCAGAAGCAGUCCGAGGAUGUACAUGCCUUUGUCACUGAAGUUGCCUACAGGAUACAGCUUCUGCAAAUUGAAAACCUGGUUUUGAACCCAUGGCUUCUGGUAGUUGCCAUUCUACUUCAAAACCAGUUAUCCAUGGACUUGGACACCCUAGUGGAGAAGACUCUGUGGCUGAAGGGCAUAACCCAGGUGUUUGGAGGGUUCCUGCUUUGGCCUGAUAACCAACUUCCUGAGGAAGUGAUCCAAUCCACGAUCCUCCUGCACUCCAACCUGGCCAGCCUUGUCAAAGACCGGGUGGUUCUGAAAGUGAACUCCGGCAGCUCAGAAAUGGUCAGAGGACUUGUGUCCCAGCACAUCACCCUCCUCAUGUGCUCAGCCUACAAGAACCAGCUGCUCAACGUUUUUGUCCGUCCGUCCUUAGUAGCUGUAGCCUUGCACAUGAUACCUGGGUUCAGGAAAGAGGAUGUCUUCAGUUGCUUUUCCUUCCUACGUAACGUGUUUUCAGAUGAGUUCAUCUUCCUUCCAGGAAACACACUCAGGGACUUCGAGGAAGGCUGUUACUUGCUGUGUAAAAGUGAGGCUAUACAGAUGACUGGGAAGGAUAUCAUCAUCACAGACAAAGGGAAUGCUGUGCUAGAAUUUCUUGUAGGGCUCUUUCAACCUUUUGUGGAAUCAUACCAGAUACUUUCCAAAUACCUCUUGCAUGAAGAAGAGGCCUGCUUCACUGAGAGACAGUACUUGGUUGCAGCUAGGAAGUUCACCAGUCAGCUUCUGGAUCGAGGUGCCUCUCAGUGUUACGAUGCGUUGUCUUCUGACCUGCAGAAAAAUGCCUUAGCAGCUUUUGUGAGACUCGGGGUGGUAGAAAAGAAGAAGGUGAACAAGAAGCCUGUUUCAGCUACUUCAGACUGGGGCUGUUGUUGUACCUGGGCUGUGGUAGAGCACUUGCCUACCAUGUGUGAGGACCUGGAAUUGGUCCCAAGGCCUGAAGGAAUAAAAAAGAUAGUAACUAUGUGUUUAGUGUGAACGAGCCUGCCACAAGCAAAUUAGAAGAAAUGCUCGGCUGUAAGACGCCAAUAGGAAAAGCAGCCACUGCAAAACUUUAACAAUCGUGAAGCAGCUGUAGAAAGCGCAGUUCCAUAGUGACAGUCACAAAGGACUUACUUUGCCACACAUGGGCAUCAAGAGGAGGAUGUGUCUUCUAUCUCCCGAGACCUUGUGAGCCGUGCUUCUGCCAAGAGGAGGAGAUGACCAGUGAGAGCAUCAGUGUGAUCUUCCUGACAUGACGACUGCGGCAUUCAUGUCAACCUGUGUGUUCUGAAAUAAAACAGUUUUUGGAAAACGUUCUUGGAAA